CUCCUUAGUAUACAUUCAUUGGAACAUCCUAUUUAAGGGAUGGAGAGGAAGUUGAUGAUGCAAUGUAUUGGAGAAAAAUGAAGAGUGUGAGAGUGUGUUUCCUCAUUUUCCUUUUAUUGGAAGUGAUGUGCUGUGAAGGAUGUUGGACAGAAGAGAAACAAGCACUUUUGGGUCUUCGUUCUCGUUUAGAUUAUUCUUCUUCAUGGAACGUCUAUGCAGAUUGCUGUCAAUGGGAAGGAGUGUACUGCAACUCCUCCACAGGAAGAGUGGUGGAACUCUUUAUUUAUGGUUCUGACAAACAAUAUAUAAAUUACUCGGAUUUUUCUGUCUUCAAAGAUUUGAAGAACCUCUCCUUAUAUAAUAUAGUUGGUUGUGUUGGGGAUGCAGAGUUGCCAAAUCUCCAGCUCCUUGGCAUGUUUGGUAACAAGCUGGAUACUGCUGCCAGUGUUAUAUCUUGUUUGGAUGGCCUUCCAUCUCUUAAGUAUCUUUCUUUAAUAGAUAACGGGUUAAAUACAUCGUCAUUAAACCACGUUUUCGAAAGUAUGUCACGAAAGCUGCGUAGUAAUCUGGAGUUCCUUGACAUGAGUUGGAACCAUUUGACUAAUGACAUCUUGUCAUCUCUAGAGGGAUUCACAUCUUUAAAGAAACUUUAUUUGUCCGAAACAGAAUUGGACUCGAAUUUUCACUUUGAAGGUUUAUGCUCAACACUGAGGAAUCUAGAGGUCCUUGACUUGUCCUUUAACAACUUCAACAACACCGAUAUUGGCUCUGCUCUUAGUGGACUCUCAUCUCUCAACUCUUUAUAUUUAGGAGGCAGUAAAUUGAGUUGGAGAUCAAUUUAUAAUAUUUCAAAAUUGAGUUCUUUGGAGACCCUUUCCUUAGAAGAUAACCACUUGAAUAAGUCUGAAAGUAUAUUUUAUAUGUUGAGGCCUUUGAAAGAGAAUGAGACAUUUAAAUGGCCAAUCAAUUUACAACAUCUAGACAUGAGUUCAAACAGUCUGAGCAACAGAUUUCUUUCAUAUCUGAGAGACCUUCCAUAUCUCCAGUUUCUUGAUUUAAGCUACAAUCAAUUAGAAGAAGCGGUAGAUAUAACUGGAUUAUUAACUUUAUCCAAUUUGACGAAUCUUAAUCUAAGGGAUAAUAAUAUCCAUAGUUUUGUUACCCAUCAAGGCUUAAAAGGUCUCAAUAGAUUGGAUGUCCUUGAUUUAGAUUGGAAUAUGAUAGAUGGAAACAAAUUAAAAGAGUCGUUACGAGCUUUAUCAUCAUCCAUUAGAGAUCUUUCUAUAUCUUACAAUUACUUCAAAGGAACAAUUCUAGCUAAAGGUAAUUUUCAUGAUUUAAGUAACCUAGAACGUUUGAAAUUGGACGAAAAUAAUAAUAUGAAGAAUGAGUUUUUCGAAAGUAUUGGAAACUUGACGUCCUUGAAAGCUUUGUCUCUUUCGUACUGCCAUAUAAAUGACAACCUUCCAGAAGCUGAUUGGUCUAAGAUGAAGAAGUUAGAAGAGUUAAAUCUAAUAGAUAAUGGAUUUGAAGGGUCUCUUCCCAAUUCUUUUGUUAACAUGACAUCUCUUCGGAUAUUGGAACUUUCUCAAAAUAACUUUAUUGGAAGGUUUGAUUCUAACAUUGCAACACUUACAUCACUUGAAGAAUUUGGUUUUGUAAAAAACCAAUUUGAAGUUCCUAUUUCUUUUUGGUCAUUUGCCAAUCAUUCAAACCUUAAAGUCAUACGGGGUAAAGGCAAUGAAAUCAUAUUGGACUCACAACACAAUUUGCAUACUUGGAUUCCAAAAUUUCAAUUAAGUGAACUUAGUUUGUCUUCAAACAUUGAGACUAGCUCUUUCCGGCUCCCCAGAUUUCUUCUUUAUCAAAAAGAUAUAAUUACACUAGAUUUCAGUAAUUUGAAAUUGGGAGGAAGGUUUCCUCAUUGGUUGUUGGAAAACAACACAAAAUUGGAAGAAGUUACUUUCAAAAAGUGUUCUUUGACGGGUACUAUGCAAUUACCAUUGCAUCCCCUUCCUGAGUUACGCAAAAUUGAUGUGUCUAACAAUAUCAUAAUUGGUGAAAUUCAAAGUAAGAACAUCAGUUCAAUUUAUCCAAAUUUGGAAUAUCUAAAUAUGUCUAUAAACCAAAUCCAAGGUUCAAUUUCUCGUGAGUUUGGCCACAUGAAAUAUUUGUCCGAGUUGGAUCUCUCAAAGAACCAAUUGUUUGGAGAAAUAUCAGAUGACAUAUUUGAAGCUGCACAACAACUCAUUUUGUUGAGUCUUUCAAAUAAUAAGCUCGAGGGGCCCAUCUUUACAAUACCGACUAAUUUGGAGUCUUUAUCAUUGAAUGAUAAUAACUUUAGUGGUAAACUUCCGACCAACAUUUUUAACACAUCCAUCAUUUCAUUGGACGUAAGUAAUAAUAAUUUGGUAGGAAACAUUCCAAGCCUUUUGACAAAUUCUUCAAGAUUAUCGGAACUUCGUAUGUCCAAUAACCACUUUGAAGGGUUCAUUCCAUCAAAAUUGGCACAACUUGAAGAUCUAAGUUAUUUAGAUCUCUCCCAAAAUAAUUUGACUGGUAUUGUACCAUCAUUUCUAAAUUCUUCUGUGAAAUUUAUCCAUUUGAGCAAUAAUCAUUUAAAUGGAUUGUCCAGAAAGAUAUUCAAUGGAAACUCUCCUUUAGCGAUGUUAGACCUUAGCUACAAUGAAAUAUCUGGCAACAUUCAAGAUAUGAUGCAAGACCUUAGUUAUUCAAAGUUGAAUUUUCUGCUUCUAAAAGGUAAUCAAAUUAAUGGUGAUAUACCUAAACAAUUAUGUCAGUUGAUAGAUUUAACCAUAUUGGAUCUUUCAGACAAUGAAUUUUCUGGAGAAAUUCCCCAUUGCCUAGGGACAAUGCCUUUUGAUAAUAAGAACCUUGAUCCUUUAUUAAAAGCACCAAAUGAAAGCUCUGUUGUUGAAGGAUAUUCAGGUCCAACAUCAUCACCAUCACCAGCAACAUCACCAUUAUUAGAGCCUAAGAAAGAGAAAGCAAGUUUCACUUCGAAGAGAAAUACCUAUACUUACAUCGGAAGCAUCCUUGGAUACAUGUCUGGAAUUGAUUUAUCCCUAAAUAAACUAAAGGGGAAUAUCCCAUUUGAGCUUGGCAACUUGACAAAAAUAAGAGCAUUGAACUUGUCUCAUAAUGAUUUAAUUGGGCAAAUUCCAGAUUCGUUCUCAAAUUUGAUGCAAACAGAGAGUUUAGAUCUUUCUUUUAACAAGUUGAAUGGUCAAAUUCCUCCCAACCUCAAUAUCCUAACCUCACUUGAAGUAUUAAGUGUGGCACACAACAAUUUAUCGGGCCCAUUACCUGAAUGGACAAAUCAAUUUGCCACAUUUGAUGAAAGCAGCUAUGAAGGUAACCCAUUCCUUUGUGGACCUCCACUACCAAAGAGUUGCAAUCCAUCUCCUACAAAUAUUUCAAAUGACUCAAAUACUAACAAAGACAAUGGUAGUUUUAUGGACAUUUAUGUCUUUUGUGUGAGCUUUGUUGUAUCAUACACAUUAGCAUUGUUAGCAAUCAUUGGAGCUCUAUACAUCAAUCCUUAUUGGAGGAAAGCAUGGUUUUACUACAUGGAAUUAUUCAGUUUAAAUGGUUACUACUUUAUUGUGGACAAUUUUUAUAGAUUUUGUAAUCUGUGAAAUAUGUAAGA